AUGAUAAUUGAUCUAGCAUCCACUCAGCCAACUAAAACGUCACAAUACAGUAGGGUUGAUUCCAAAAUCCCCAAAACACAAAGUGACACCGGAAUCCAUUUCAAAUGGAUUUUCACGUUGCAAGAAUUGCUAACUGAAAAGGUAGAAGAAGCAAAACUUGUAGUUCAAAACAUUGAGGAUAAGGGUGAAUACUUUGCAAAAGGAGAUAUACCAGUUGGAGCUAUUGGUCUUCUAGUUCACACAAAGAGUGAGCCAGCUGCCUUUGCAGGAUGGUACCAGGAAGGACACCAGGGAGACUGGAGUGUUUACGGAGACCAACCAGAAAACAGUCAACAAACAUAUUUGAUAAACGGUGCCGAGACCAUCUUUGUUGGUUUGUUUUGA